AUGGUGGAAUUGCUGGGCAUCAAGAAUGAGCUUGAGUUAGCUCUCUUAGACUUAGCAAUCCAGGAUCCUUUUAGCAGUGGGAGAAUGUCUGCAGGAGCAAUGGUAGCAUUAGUCCUUUGGUAUCUUUCAGAUGAAGGCAUUGAAGCUUGCACAAGUUCUACUGACAAAGUCAAUGUAAAUGACAUCAUCCUGAUUGCUCUCAAUACAGAUCUGAGAACAAUUGGCAAGAAAUUCCUUCGCAGUGACAUCAAUGGUGGAAAGGUAGAAAAGCUUGAAGGUCCAUGUGUUUUACAAAUUCAAAAAAUUCGCAAUGUUGCCGCACCAAAGGAUAAUGAAGAAUCUCAGGCUGCACCAAGGAUGCUGCGUUUGCAGAUGACUGAUGGUCAUAUAAGUUGCACAGCUGUAGAAUUUAGUUAUAUGUCAAAAAUAAGUCUGAAUACACCACCUGGAACUAAAGUUAAGCUCUCAGGCAUUAUUGACAUAAAAAAUGGAUUCCUGCUCUUGAAUGACUCUAACACCACAGUUCUUGGUGGUGAAGUGGAACACCUUAUUGAAAAAUGGGAAUUACAGAGAAGCUUAUCAAAACACAAUAGAAGCAAUAUUGGAACUGAAGGUGGACCACCUCCUUUUGUGCCUUUUGGACAGAAGUGUGUAUCUUAUGUCCAAGUGGAUAGCAGAGAACUUGAUCGACGAAAGACAUUGCAAGUUACAAUGCCUGUCAAACCUUCAAAUGAUAAUGAUGAAUUUGAAAAGCAGAGAAUUGCUGCCAUUGCAGAAGUUGCAAAGAGCAAAGAAACCAAGACCUUUGGAGGAGGUGGUGGUGGUGCUAGAAGUAAUCUCAAUAUGAGUGCUGCUGGUAACCGAAGUAGAGAUGUUUUACAGAAAGAAAAGUCAACCAAAUUAGAGGGGAAACAUGAAGGUUUCUAUAGAGAAUUGGUCGAUGAGAAGGCUCUGAAGCACAUAACAGAAAUGGGCUUCAGUAAGGAAGCAUCAAGGCAAGCUCUUAUGGAUAAUGGCAACAACUUAGAAGCAGCACUGAAUGUACUUCUUAGCAGCAAUAAACAGAAACCUGUUAUGGGUCCCCCUCUGAGAGGUAGAGGAAAGGGCAGGGGGCGAAUAAGAUGUGAAGAUGAAGAGGACCUAGGAAAUGCAAGGCCAUCAGCCCCAAGUACAUUAUUUGAUUUCUUGGAAUCUAAAAUGGGGACUUUGAAUGUGGAAG